AACUUACUCAUAGUUGUGGACGAGUUGCGUCCCAUAUGUGUGAACUCUUCAGUUCAAAAUCAAGAUGGCUACCAUCGGUCUUUUGAGGGCCUGUCGAGGUAAUGGCUGUUUAUUUAUGAAGAACAGUUUGCUUCACCAAAGACUUCCUGCUAAUCUUCAGAACAGUCUAAUUACCAAACAUUUCUCCCUGACGCCUGUUGCCAGCAGUAAUGCUGUGAUAGAGUUUUUCAGAGCACGAAACUUCAGGGCAAAAAGGGGUCCAUUUCGACCAGAGGAGAAGCGUGGCGACCAUGCUAUGAUGGCAUCUACACACUGGAAGAUUGAACGCCUGUUGGCCAUCAGUAUGUUAGGAGUAAUGCCAGCUUGUCUCUUUGUGCAGGGACCCAUCAUGGACACAUUAUUAUCAAUAACAGUUCUUUUACAUGGAUUCUGGGGUGUGGAUGGUGUUCUCACAGAUUAUUUGGAGAAAUUUGUUCCUUGGAUCCACUAUCCCUGGUAUCUGAUCACCAUAGCUGGACUAGCUGGACUUUUUUACUUUAAUUACAAUGAUGUCGGGGUCUGUGAGGCAAUCCGAAUGGUCUGGAGAAUGUAAUUCCCCGGAUUCAGUGCUAUUUAAAUCAUUCGAUGCUACUAGUUAAAAAGACUUUGUAUAAACCUUUUACUUGAGAGUACUGGUAUUAGCCACGAGCUUACACAAGCAUUCAACAGAAUUUGCAUAAUCAAAUAAUCUGCAAAAAGUCAACAGGAAACGUUUAUGUUUAGUUUGCACUAGUUUUUAUUAAAUCAGUGUAAAACUGUAAUAUUUUUCCCCUAUAAAUAUUUUGAAAGAUUUUGUAUGUUGAAAUCCAAGAUUGUUUUAUCAUGGAGAAAAAAAUUUGUGCUUUGUAACAUAUAUUUGCUUAAGUUCAUUAUUUAAUAAAAUUUAUUUAAUGUU